CUCUCUACCCUUCUUACCCACCCUCUCUGUUUUUCAGCCUCCCAUUCACUCGGAAACCCCGCUCAGGUUGUGGCAGGCAGCGGUGUCCAUCAGGCAGAGAUGCCGGCUGAGGGAUUCGUUAUUGCGGCUGUGAUUUGCGCUCUGAUGGCGCAAAACUGCCGAGGGGAGCUUAUGGCUCACGUGCAGGACCUGAACCCCGUGCCAGAAUCCUCCCUGCUCAAGCCCAAAGUCAUGAUCGCGAUUCUAGCUCGAAACUCUGCGCACAGCCUGCCCUACUACCUGGACUGCAUCGACCGCCUGGACUACCCGAAGGACCGCAUUGCGAUAUGGGCUGCAACGGACCAUAAUGUGGACAACAGCACAGCAAUGCUAAGAGAGUGGCUGAAGAACAGGCAGAGCAGAUAUCACUAUGUUGAGUGGAGGCCCAUGGAGGAGCCACGGUCAUACACAGAUGAGUGGGGGCCAAAACACUGGUCUUCCUCUCGUGUCAGUCAUGUAAUGAAGCUCAGACAGGCGGCAUUGAAGGCUGCAAGAGCUCGCUGGGCUGAUUAUAUACUGUAUGUUGACAGUGAUAACCUGCUGACCAACCCACGGGUGUUGAAUCUUCUGAUGGCAGAGAACUUAACCCUGGUGGCGCCCAUGCUGGAUUCAAGAUCUCUUUACUCAAACUUCUGGUGUGGCAUCACACCUCAGGGUUAUUACAAGCGCACCCCAGACUACCAGCCUAUCCGUGAGUGGAAGCGUUUGGGCUGUUUUUCAGUUCCCAUGGUUCACUCCACCUUCCUGCUGGAUCUGAGACGCAGCGCCACACUGGACAUGGCCUUCUACCCGCCUCAUCCUGACUACAGCUGGGCAUUUGAUGACAUCAUGGUGUUUGCAUUCUCUGCACGAGAAGCUGGUGUACAGAUGUAUGUGUGUAACAGAGAACAUUACGGGUUUCUGCCUGUCCCUCUGAAGGCCCAACAGAGUGUUGAAGAUGAAGAGGAGAGUUUCACACACACCAUCACUGAGGCCAUGAUCGAUCAUAACAUAAAACCAUCCGAGUUCCUCUUCACUCCGAGCAAACCUCAGGACAAGAUGAGCUUUGACGAGAUCUUCCUGAUUAAUCUGAAGCGGAGGUUCGACCGAAGGGAACGGAUGUUGAACACGAUGGCAGUUUUGGGUCUUGAGGCCACGCUGGUUGAUGCCGUCGAUGGGAAGGCUUUGAAUACAUCUCAGCUUCAAGCUCUUGGUAUAGAGAUGAUCCCAGGAUAUAAAGAUCCAUAUUCUGGUAGAGUUUUGACACGUGGAGAGAUCGGCUGUUUCCUCAGCCACCACUUCACCUGGAAACAGGUGGUGGAGAGAGGUCUGCGGCAUGUACUGGUGUUGGAGGAUGAUGUGAGAUUUGAGCCUCGCUUUAAAAGGAGGUUACAGACCAUCAUGGAAGAUGUUGAAAAAACUCAGUUGAACUGGGACCUCAUAUAUGUCGGCCGUAAGCGGAUGCAGGUGGCUCAGCCGGAGGUGUCUGUAGAAGGUGUGAAUAACCUGGUGGAGGCCGAUUACUCAUACUGGACUCUAGGUUACGCUCUCUCACAACAGGGGGCCAAGAAACUCCUUGCAGCUCAGCCACUUGGCAAGAUGCUCCCUGUGGAUGAGUUCCUGCCAGUCAUGUUCAACAAACACCCAAAUUCUGCAUACAUGUCUCACUUUGAUCCCAGGGAUCUUCGUGCUUUCUCUGUGGAGCCAUUGCUGCUGUACCCAACACACUAUACGGGUGAGCCUGGCUACUUCAGCGACACAGAAACAUCCACUAUUUGGGAUGAUGAGUCAGUCAACACUGACUGGGACAGACAGUAUGCACAAAAAACUGCCCAGCAGGCACAAAUUCGCUCCGUUGCCCAGAACAGCGUCACCGGGGACACACCAGCGCCUGCGUCUCGUGCCUCGCGAGACGAACUCUGAGUUCUAAAUGUGUUCUCAAACCACACAACUGAACGACUGACUCACAGACAGCCCACUCCUCAAAGUCCAACAGUCCGCUCCUCCCUGGCUACACAUCGGCCAAUAGCAUGACAGCUGGCUGGGAUGCUCGAACACCGUUGGCUGGCUGGUUGAAUUUGCACACACAAGCUCUUUUCCUUUUCACAUUAUUUAUUUCAUCAUGCCUUUCAGAAACAUUGAGGGACUAAACAGUCCCCACUGGAAUCUUCAAAGGAUGAGGACACUGCGGAAGGGCUGGACGGAGAAACAGACAUAUGGGAGUUAGAUUUGGACAAGACAGAUGAAUCUUUAUUUUGAAGUUUUCUUUUAUAUUGUAAUAUAAAAACAGAUACAAUUUAUGCAGAGUGUUGAACAAAGAAUCUUACAGCCUGUUCACAUUUCUACUGUAAAUAAUCAUUUAAGUAAAGAAAAUUCUUUUUAAUUGAUAUAUUUUAAUGGCAUCACAAAAUCACCUUUAAAUGCCAUUCAUGUGUCAAAUGUCCAAAAAUCAAGCAAACUGGUUUCAUAUUUUCUGGAGAAGCUGUUAAUUGAUCAGUACAGGGUUUAAAACUCUAGAAAAUAUUUAUUUUGAUGCAAAUAUUUCACUGGUUAUUGAAUGUGUGAUAAAUUUUUUCUAUUUAAUUAAUACAUCUGUACUUAAAGGGCACCUAUUUUACCCCUUUUACAAGAUGUAAGAUAAGUCUUUGGUGUCUCCAGAAUGUGUCUGUAAAGUUUCAGCUCAUAAUACUCAUCAGAUAGUUUAUUAUAGCCUCCGGAAUCUGACAAUUUUAGUGUCUGACAACAUUGUAGCUGUUUUUGUGGCUUUAAAUUCAAAUAAGCUGCUUCUCCCCGCACACUGUUCCCAUGUGCGUGUCUGAUUCUCCUGUGUUGUCAGAUAAACAGCAGUCAGUGACAAAAGCUAUGUUUCCAUCCAAAAUUGUGAAUUAACUUUAUGCGCAAAACUGUAUUAUCGCAUAAAAGACGUGUGAAUAAAGCAGCGUUUCCAUCCAACGAGACAAAGAGAAUAAAAUCAUCACUUCCUGAUUAACUGGCGCCGAAUAUCAAAAGUGAAGCAGAAUUUGCUGCGGUAGGAGAAGCUGCGUCAAUCUUUUCUUUAUUUAAUAAAUGACUUGCGCCUCAGAAGGCAAUCCUGACACACAGUAAACGCACAAUGGGGUUUGAAGAUGUGAGAUGCGGAGCACAGACGCUCGUUGAUUCUGGAGGUCAUUAAUAAUAUAAUAACACUAAUAUUGAAAUGGUUAAGACAUUUUAGAAUGACCAAAACAACAUUUCAGAUGUUUUACAAUGUACCUAGCCUGCUGGUUUGUCCAUUCACACACAUGUUUCUCAUCACAUGAUCUCUUAUAACAAAAAUCACUUUUUUAAUGCACAUACUGGAAUUUGUUCGGUCAAAGUUUUUCCAUAGUAGUUUAUGCGCACCUUUUAUCAAAUAAAAAGUUUAUCCUAUUGAGUUAUGCACAUUUUCAAAAUUUAUGAGAUAAAAUACAGCUCAUUAGUCAAAAAUACCAAGUAAGUUUAUUUCAUGUACUUGUGGUGGAGUUUAUUCAAGCCUUUUUGAAAUGAUGAGUAUCAAACAAAUGCCGUUUGCAGUGCACACAAAAAUAUACAUGCACGUUUACUGACACCAUGUGGCAGUGGUGAUUAUAGCGGUUAAGUUUACAUCACUUUUAUUACAAACAUGCUCUGUUUUAAAAAUGUUUUACACUUAUAAAACUGUAGCAAAAUUUUUAAUCCUGGUUUAUUUGCAAAACACAAAGUUCUGUUUACAUGUGAAUACAUUUUAUUAUAGAAACAUGCCGCCUGUCAACCAAUUUGGUGGACGGGGAAAACCGCACUCCUACGUCACGUUGCAGUGGGCCUCAAAAUCACAGGGAUUUGGAUCCCUUUUUAAUAUCAGGAAGUUAAAAAAAGGGACUUCUAGGGUUAAAUCACUCCAAUAUGACUGUGGACACACUAAACCUACACACAGUUCUUUCUAAAUAGCUUACAAAAGAUGAUUUUCAUCAUAGGUGCCCUUUAGGUUCACUUGAAUUGUGGUGGAUUUGUGUUAUUGUUAAGAUCUGUCACUAAUUCCUCUAAGAAACAUUCCAUGAAUCUGAAAAGAGUGCAUGAUUCUACUGGGCAUUAUGUCAUCCGUCAUGAUUUAAAAUAGCUGGAUGCAAAAACCCUAAUUUUUCCAAACACACUUGUUUUUUUCCACUCAGCAGGCUGGCUCCUGUUCUCUGGCUGUAUUUCAUUACCUUCUUCAUGUCAUGGUGCUGGUGGAGGGCUGAUUCAAUAAACUGGUUGAUCGAUAA